AUGACCGUAAGAGCAUCGUGCAACGACUUGUUGCUCGUGUCCAACUAUCAAGGGUACUACUACAUUUGUAAUCCGGUGACUAAAAAGUACUUUCCGAUUCCUAUAGAAUAUUCGCUCGAAACAAAGAUUGGGUUCGCAUUAGUAUGCAACUUGCCCGAUUUUAACGAGCCCACGUACAAAGUGGUAGUUCUCGACCGGAUUAGCUUGGUCGAUGCAUCGGGAGAAGCUCUUGUAAGUAGAUACGGACAAACCGUGAGGGUUUUUUGCUCAGAGUCGGGGCAAUGGACCAAAUCUUUCUUCUUGUUUCCUAGUCGCCCGACGAGGGAUCAUGCCGAAUUCGCGAAUGUCGUUUCGUGCAAUGGGAUUCUGUACUGGAUGGACGGUUUACAUAACCUCGACCGAGUCGUUUCUUUAGAUUUGGCCGAUAAUCGGUGUGGAGUCAUAUAUUUCCCGGACAUUGUGCGUAAUCACGACACGCGGCCGCCAAAUGACUCGAGGAUCCAAAUUGGUGUUGUGAGAGAUGAGUUGAGGUUGUUGCACGUUUUGCGGGUCGGGCCGGGCAUGGAAUGCUUCGUUUUGAGGGUUUGGGAAUUGGAUCGUUGGGACGGGUCGUGGGCGUUGGUCGACGAGAGGGACUUGAGGUUUUCGGAUACGGUGGUUGCAGCCAUUUUUCAUCCGAAAGAUUGUGAUUCGAUUUUCGUCGUGUGCGGAAAGAGUGUUUACGAGUGUGGGGUUUCAAAGGACACGUGUCGCGAGCUCGGGGAGUUUGGGGAAAUGGAAUCCAUAGGCGACGAGGGUCUCGCGUCCUUUGUUCUCGUGCAUCCACUGUGGCCGACGCCAAUUCCAGGUGAUGUUUAG